GAGAAACUGGAACUUAUCCGCAGAAAGAUCCAGCAUCUGGAGUUCCAGUUCCCUAAACCUGCACACAUCAUCCUGCGCCUCGCUCUUGGCUCCUACGCGCCGGUAUCAUUGAAGCCGCUGCAACUACGGUUACAAUACAAGCAAGAAUAUGAGAUCUUCAAAUUACGCUUUUCGCUCAUCUUCCUCGCCUUCUCCGUCCUGGGUCUGGGAGUCAUCAGAAACCGGGCCUUUGACGCCAUAUUUGGUUUCGCCAUUCUCUACUACUACUGCACAUGUAUUCUACGUGAGCACAUCUUGCUUGUCAACGGCAGCCGGAUCCGAUCCUGGUGGUUCGGGCAUCACUACCUUUCCAUCAUCUUGAGUGGAGUUCUUCUGAUAUGGCCAUCCACUCCGGCGUACCGAUCCUUCCGCACACCCUUUUUUGCCUUCGCCGGCUUCAUGCAAGUCAUGCAAUAUCUUCAAUACCGAUACCAACGAUCCCGGCUGUACGUUCUCGUCACACUAGACCGGGCUCGGCCCAUGGACACUGUAGCUGGAGAUGGAUUCUUUUCAGCAUCAAUGGAGCGCGAGUUCUUCCUCCUGGUCCCCUUUCUCGUCAUCGGCCAGCUAUGGCAGCUCUACAAUGCGUACAUUCUUUACGUCUUUUGGCACACUUCCGAGGGACAAGAAGGCUGGCAAGGCUUGGCUGCAGCAAUCCUGUUCGCAAUACUGGGAGUCGGGAACACGGUCACCACAUUACGGACGUGGCGCGCGAAGAAGAAAGGGGCUUCCCUGCCAAGCUCCUUGAUGCCGGGGAGCCCUCCUAUAACCUCGCCACUCGCUUCCCCGACGUCUCCCACCUCAAGCGCACCGUUGAAUGGGAACGGAUCGGUUGCACCCUCUGCACCACAACCGGCAACUGCUGCGCAGGAGGAGUACCCUUUCCCAGCAGUCAAAAGCCAACACAAGCCGAACAUUUCCAAGCUAUCCGAACGAUAG